AUGGAAAAGUGCACAAAAUCACCACCUACCUUAAAGCCAGAGACUUCCUUUUUGAGAGGAGAUAGUCUGAUUCUUCAGCCACAAAUGCAACAUCCAACUGAUGACAACCCCACUUUAAGAGGGCAAGUUGUGCCUGUCCUGAAUACUCCAGUGAUGUCUAUACCCUACUCAGGUGACAAUCUCCCUCAAUUUCAUGGUGAGCCAACCAGUGUCACAGGAUUUCUUGCUCAAGGGACUACUUAUCUGACAGCUCCGGAGAUUUCCAAUCCUGCAGAUGAUACCCGAGUCAAGCACUUUUUUGACUACCUGUCCCAGCAGGUGCAAAGUUGUGACAUCGUAUCAGAGUCCAACCAGAGUCAUCUAUUGAAACAAUAUGAAAACUUUAUUCUUGAGUUAAAGCAGUCAAUUGGUGAACCUAUGAAGGAAGAAAUUAGCCCUCUUAUGAAUGUUAAGAAUGACAGUAGAGACAACUCUCAGCAGGAUGCUCCUACUUUCCAAGGUCUUGCUCAAAAUAUGAGUUAUAGUGAGACCAGUCAGAGUGACCAGUUCCAAAACAGACAAGAUGACCCCACCCAUGAUGAAGAAAUCACAGACAUAAUGGGAAAUUUACCAGAUUUGAUCACCCAGUGCAUUCAACUGGACAAAAAGCACAAAGACAGGCCAGAACUCCUACAGACAGAAACUCAGGUUCCAAUGUUCUCUUCCACAAACCAUCACCAAUCCUUCCUCGGCCUCAUGGGACCACUACCCAAGGAUGAGCUCAAGCCAUUUCAGGGAGCUCAAAUGCCUGUAACCCCAGCCAAGAGAGCCCGCCAGCAAGAAACUCAGUUAUGUCUCUACUGCAGCCAGGCUGGUCACUUCACAAGAGAAUGCCUUGCUAAACGUUCUCGAACUCCAGCAAGGAGAAAAAAUGUAGUGCACUAG